AUGGAGGUAGUGGAUAUAGUAUGUAGUGAAGUGACGUUCCUCGGCGAAAUCCUUGUCGCUUCUGAGCUUUCAAUCAGUUGCGGACCCCAGGACAGCCCCAAAAAGGCUAGUAAACUGUUCAACAUCAACACUGACUCCAUCAGCUACCAGAAGCCGGUCAUUGCUCUUCGGCCAGUGAUCCGAGCUGCCGGUCGUACGACGGCUUUUUGGACUAACGACAUGUGCGCGCCCUACCACCGCUGUGUGUCUAGCUGGACCCUUGAUGGGGGUUCCUGGGACGCCGCCACCUAG